AUGAUGGUCUUCACACUUUCUAGCGACGCCUGGGGAGGCUGCAGAGUACCUCCCAGCGUCCCAUUCCAGCCCACGCCUAUCCAGGCUCCUAUUUUCACCAAGUUAAACCUGCCUACCCUGUAUCCCCCAAGCCCAGAGCCCGAGCCAGACUGGCAGAUUCCAAUCCAGCUCAGCUUCUCGGGGAAACUCUCGAGGCAACUCUUCAGAAACUUCUACAGAAAGAACAACCACGCCUUUCCCACGCCUCUUAUCUAG